AUGGGCCGGGGUACUGUGUCGGAGGAUGAGCAUCUUCAGCUUAUUGGUCCGCACGCGGCUCUUCAUGAGGAUCUGAGCGGGGUUAUCCGAAAAGAUUGGCAGCACAAGAUGAAGGUGAGACUCGCGCGCAACGCCUGGAUCUUGUUCAUUGCGGCAUUCAUCUCGCACCCGAUCUUGCUCGCUCUCUUUCAUAUGUACGGACCCCCCAGCGGCCUGGGAAGUUUGAUUACGGAUAGCAGUGAGGCCAGGUCUUCUUCGGUGUCCAUGCUCUUGUCGAUCCCCCUCGCUGCAGCUUUUUUCUAUGCGGCUGCUCACCAGGUGAUUUCGAAUAGCCCGUUCUUCGACAACUCAAUUGGCACUCCCCCAGAAGUCUUUAAAAUGAUUGUCAUCCUGGCGUUGUCCAUGUGCCGUAAGGCGCUCAAGGGCUUGGUCAGCCCACAGGGGUCUUGGCUGCUUGACCACAGCUUUUUCUUAAUCCUGGUGAUUGGCCUCAACAUUUGGUUUGCUGUGCUCGAUCGUCUCACCUCUCUGCUUGAGAGCAUGGGAAGGAGUGAGGUUUCCAUCAUGCAGGCAAAGCCGGCAAAGAAGAUGUAUGAGAUUAUGCAGGCUGUGGGAGUCACCCGCACAGGGCAGCCCGAGAAGGACAUGCUCUUCUCUUUUGAAGGUGACGGCCAAGAUUGCUGCUCGCCGCGGCAGCUGCCAGAUGCAAAGGUGGACACAUCUGACAGCGAUUCCGACAAUGCGGAGGAGCCUGUCUCGACGUUUGCUCCGAGAGGAGCGAUGAAAUGUCUAGCGGAGAUUUGGUCAUUGUACAGCCUCUUCGCGAAGGUUGUUGCGAUCGCCUGCGUCGGGGCGUAUUUCCUGGAGAUGGAGACCACGAGCCACGCCAUCCUCGCGACCUUGGGCCUCAGCACGUUCGGGGCAGGGGCGAUUGCCGCGUUGCAGUUCGGUCCAGCGGCCGCGAGCAUCCUCCGCAUCGCUAUAUACCGGCCCUACUUUGUGGGAGACAUCGUCAGCGUGAACGGCAACAUGGCGACAACGGGUUUUGUUGAGGCCAUCACCAUCGGUGGCCUUGUCAUUCGGAACUUCGAGAUGAAGCAGACUUGGAUCCCGCAUUCCACCGUGGAACAGGCCACUAUCCAGAAUUGGACGCGCCGCCCCACGAAGACCGUACUCAUUGACCUGGCACUUAACAGUAAUUGUGAUGUUUCUGUGGUGAAGGAGCUUGUUAAAUUUGGGAAGCAGUGGAUCGAGAAUUCGAACCAAGUCCUCCAGACAGGCUACAAAAAGUGCGUAGUGAAGUCGAUUUCGACGGGGUACGGCAUUCAGAUCAUAUUCUUCCCUGCUAUCGGUGUGUCUCACAAAGGGAUUCGGCAAGCAUUCCUUUUCGACUUCAUGAAGGAAGCCCAUCGUUUGAGGGUGACCCUCGUUCCAGUAGGGUUCACAUUUAAUUUUGAUAAGCAGUGA